GUCCUGCAGGAAUAGUCUCUCUUCCUCCACCGCUGCAGCCCGGCAUGUCCGCAAACUGAGAGCGUGAGCGGUGAGACACGGAGAAAGACACAAGCCAGCCUUUAAGACACACGGCUUGUAUUUUGCGCCUUCCCUUUGAAGGAGAGAAGAUUUUAACACCGCGACGAAGCUUUUAGAAGGGACUUGGACGAGGAUCAAAAACAAGGUCUGUCCCUGUAACGCGACCACUGAAGGAGGAGAACACAGAACUGCUUCAUCAUGAAUUUUGUAAUGAAAGCUGCGCUGGGAGGAGGCCCUCCUGAUGUUGGCAAAAUGCUUGGUGGGGAGGAAAAGGAAGAGGACCCUGAUGCAGCGAAAAAAGAGGAGGAGAGACAGGAGGCACUGAGGCAGCAGGAGGAGGAGAGGAAGGCCAAAUAUGCCAAGAUGGAGGCUGAGAGGGAAUCGAUGAGGCAAGGCAUCAGAGAUAAGUAUGGCUUGAAAAAGCGUGAAGAGGCCGAGGCUGAGGCAGCAGCCGCCCAAGAGGAGCCUGCAGCGGGCAGCUUGACUAGACCUAAGAAGGCUGUGCCAGCUGGCUGUGGUGAUGAGGAGGAGGAAGAAAGCAUCAUGGACACAGUGAUGAAAUACCUGCCAGGCCCACUGCAAGACAUGCUCAAGAAGUAAGCUAGGUAGCUAGCUAACAUUAUCUAGCUUAGUUCACAGGCUACAGUUACUUUCAUUUGGUUUUUCUCCUUUUUCAAACACAUCUAAACAAAUAACAUGAAGUUAAAUUUUGGCAAGGUGUUAUGUUGUUUGGCAAGUCAAGGUUUUGUGAUGAAGUAAUGCACCAACAGUGUGAACUGCAGCCAUUGGACUAAGCUAGGCUGGCUUAUCAGCCAUGUGAACGUUAGCUAUGUUACAAAGCUAACAGCAAGCAGAGGGCAAAGACAACUGUUAGACGGUUUAUCCUUCUAGUCUGAGAAGUUUUAAACUCCCAUUUCUGUCUCCUGCAAGGGAUGCAAAAGCUUUCUUGCACCACUGGAAAAUAAUACCCUUGUACACCUAAUUCAUUCAGUUUGUACAUAAAUAAGUCAGUGCAUAACAACCCUCCAUGUGGGCAAAAAAACAAUCAAAAAUAUUAUAUAUUAAAAAAAUAUUAUUCUGUAUGUCUGUCUUUAAAAGAAAAAAAGUAAUAACUUGAUAAGCCAUAUUUUAAAAAGGAACUGUAAAGACUACUCUUGUGUGCUCCUAAAGCUCGUUUUAUGUUCAGCCUUGUCUAAAAUUAAUGUGAAACCUUUUACACACAAUGUUAAAAUCUCUGUAAAACCUGUUGUCUACCUUCCUCACACACUCCCACAAUGCCCUUCAUGUAGUAUAGUGUUUAAAAUGUUUCUAUUCUCACAUUCUGUGUCUCUUCACGUCCUGCAUGCCAUUUGUCUGUAAGAGUUAGUCGUGUGAAUAUGUGCUCCCAUCAUCUCGGUCUCCUUUUACCCUCUUUGUUAUCAUGCAAAAAAUAAUAUGGCAAUAACACCUGAGUUUGACUGUGUUUUCAUGUCUAUAUAACCGUUAAUAUUAUUAGUAAUUAAAAAAAAAAAAUAUAUAUAUAUAAAUAUGUAUGCUUUCAGGAAGUUUAAUUUACAUGUUUGCAGGGUUUUCCUUUUUUUAUUUUAUUGUUUUGAUGAAAAAUGACUGCUUGGCUGUUCAUAUAAUAGCCAAAAACCUUAAGCUUUCAGCCAUAAAACCAGAAUUUACAGCAUAUAUACUAUUACCAUCAGGAUCAAUUAAAAGGGAAAGAAUAAUAACAAAACAGUGUGAAUAAAAAAUGUGUUUUUGAAUAAGCAGUGUUGAGUCGAGAGGGAAUUAUAAGACUAGGUUUCGCAUUAUACAAUGAUUUGUGAGAAAAAGACUGCCUUCCCUCGAUACGCACAGACACACAGUGAAUACUGCAGUUUGCCUUCUAAUUUAGCUACACAGAAAAAACAGGUGUGUUUUCAAAGAAGAUUUAAAGUGAUACUUGAUUCAGUUUCUUAUUGUUGGCUUAGAUGUGAUGAUGGUCCAAUGAGGGCAAUGCAGGAUGCCAUGAGCAAUAAAGGUUUAUCAUGUAUGUUUCUGCCUGAGAUUCAAUAAAAACUUAAAACCUUGUUCACACAUAAAA